AUGAAAGCACCUAUACAAAGCAUUCUCACACCAGUGAGAAAUCAUGCUUUGGCGGGUAUAAGGAGGAAAGGGAAAUUUUCACCUAGUCUAAUUCACCGCAGCUUCAAACAUGAUUCCCAAGGUCUCACAGAUAUAGCUGCAGAGGAUAAUGACUUUAUCCUCUCGAUCCUUCAAGCAUCACCCUCCGUCCGAGAUUCCCGUUCUUACCUAUCCUCAUUUGCUCCUCCUCCUUCAACGACCAAUGACAUUCCUCCUCCCGGAAGUACAUCAAGCGAGACCCAGCCUAAAGAAGAGAACCAACUUGUCAAUUCUCUCCUUAACCCCAUCAUCCGUCGACCUGCACUAGUCAAAAUCCAAGGACCAUUUACGGACGCCCAAUUAGAUUCCAUAUGUAGAGGUAUGGCUUACCUUCAGAAAUUGGGUCUGGUCAGUGUGAUAGUGGUAGACAGAGAUGAUUUACCUCCUAAUGAACCUAAAGACAAAUUCGAAUUACAAAGACAACGUGCGAUUGUCAGACACGAAGUGGAGAGGGUCGUUCAUUUCUUGACUAGACAUCGAGCCAUUGCUAGACCAAUAUUCUCAACUGUAGCUAGAAUUCAUGAAGUGGAUCAGACGGAUCCGAAAGAGAAAGAAAAGAUGAAAGUGGUAAUUGAAGAAGAAGGAUUAGAUCAUGUUAGAAGAGCAGUUCAAGAAGGUGAAAUACCAGUUUUACUCCCUGUAGCAUUGGAUGAAGGAUGUAAAUCAACUAGAAUACAGAGUAAUAGAGUCCUAUUAGCUUUGGCCAAAUCAAUGUCAACAUCAACUUCAACUUCAACAUCAACGGGCAAUUCGAAUUAUGAUUUAACGCCAUUGAGAUUAUUGAUUAUCAAUAAAGAAGGUGGUAUACCAUCAUAUGCAAGACAGGGUUUACCUCAUUUAUCGAUCAACCUUUCAUCCGAAUAUACAUAUAUAAAUCGAACUUUUCAACCUGAAUGGAAAGAAAGUCAUCCAACGGCUUUGGCAAAUUUAAAUCUAGCAAAUGGAUGUUUAGAAUAUAUGCCUAAAGAAUCAUCAGCAUUGAUAGUAUCUCAUCGAUCACCUUCAUCGAUGAUAGCUAAUCUGAUAACCAAUAAACCUAAGCAUUCUGCAUCGCUUCCACAUUCUUUGUUACAAGGUAUAACCAGAGAUACACCUACGAUUAUUAGAAAAGGUUUACCAGUCAGGGUACUUAGAUCGAUGGAAGAAGUGAAUAUACCCAAAUUGACCAAUUUACUGGAAACUAGUUUCAAAAAGAAACUUAACCACGAACAAUUUUACGGAAGAUUGAAAAACGAUUUGGAUUUCGUGAUCGUUGUUGGUGAUUAUGCUGGUGCGGCCAUUGUAACGAUGGAAGGAAGAGAUGACUUGGAAACAAAUAAAGAACCAAUAUGUUAUCUGGAUAAAUUCGCCGUUAAUCCAUUACAUCAAGGUGAUGGUACGGUAGAUUUCCUGUGGGUGGCUUUGAGGGAUGAAACGUAUGGUCUGGGUUUGUUAGAUGCUUCCAAUCCUUCUAUAGGUUCGCUUAGGGGUGUAGGAACGGGAAAGGACUUGGUAUGGAGGAGUCGAUCGGAUAACCCAAUAAACAAGUGGUAUUUCGAAAGAUCCAAUGGAUUCAAGACGACAAAUGAUGGGAAAUGGAAGGUGUUCUGGUGUGAUGCCGAACAGCGUUUGAAGAGUUUAUGGAGAGAAAGGGAGUUUGGUGGCGGAAGGUUGGUCAAGGUCGUGGAAGAUGAAGAGAAAGAGAGAGUGGAGUGGUGGGAAGAUAAAAUUGGGAAAAUACCUUCUGCUUGGAAGUGA